AAAAACUUGGCUUGCUUUUUUAGUAUAUAUUUUGCCAUUAGGAUAUAAAUUCUCAUUAUUAUCAUCUUUUUUUGUUUUUCCUUUCAGGAUGCCAAAGCGCAAGCGUCUCAAUUUUGUAAAAGUGCAGUCAAACAACCAAACUGCAGCUGGUUUACCCUCUUCUCCAUCCAUAAACAAUGAGGUUGAGCCAAGCCAACAACCUGCUCCAUCUCAAAACAAUGCAGGUGAGUCAAGCCAGCAACAUGCUGUCCUAGAAGAAACAAAUUCUAGAGCACCAUCUCCACCACCAAGAAAGCCAAGAGGUCCAACAUUGAUGUCCCACAUAUGGGAGUUGGAAAAAGGUGUCAAGGUCAACGUCAUAUUUGAUUCAAAUUGCCACCCAGUUGGUAAAGAAGGCUGCACCUUGACUCGAUUCCUUGGUACUGUUGCAAGAAAAUCAGAUGUUGCACCUAUUAACUACAAAGAAUGGAGGGAUAUGCCUCAAAUUUAUAAGGAUGACAUGUGGAAGAUUAUUGAGAGUAUAGAAGAUGGGAAGCUAGGGAUUUGGAAGCCAAAUGUAAAUUCACCAAAUGGAGAUGUCCAGGAAGAGUUAUCAUUAAGUACUGGAGUUAAUGAGGAGCCCAAGUCCAAGUUCUUUAUUGAUGAAAGCCGCGAAGAGCAAAUCAAGAGUUGGAUUAUGACUGAUGUUAAUGAGAAAUGGAAAAGCUAUAAAAAUGAGCUAAAAAGUGCAGGAUUUGAUCCAUUGCUAACAAUAGAUGAAAUGUAUGAUAAGAUUAAUGAUCCUCGAGUUGAUAAGGAGCAAUUUGAAGUGCUUGUUGAAUAUUGGCGUAGUGAGAAGGGAGAGAAAAUUAGCAAACAAUACAAAGAAAACAGGCAAAAACUUGAAGAGCCCCAUUGUCUAGGCACCAAGACUUUUGCACGAUUUGUCAAUGAGAAGGAAAGCUCUGCUGAAGGGAGAAAGCCGUCAAGGGUUGAACUCUACAUUCAAAGUCGAACAAAAAAGGAAGGGGGGCCUGUAAGUGAAAAGGCAAGCCAAGUGAUGGAACAACUUAAAAACUACAUGAGUGACUCAACUUCUUUUGCAAAUGCAUUAGAGGAAACUACAUCUUGGCGAGAUGAUGUAUUCUCUAAGGUGAAGGGAUUUGACAAGAAAGGGAGGGUUCGCUGCUUAGGGAAGCUAAUGAAGGCAAGAUUCCCGGACGAGAAUAUCGCAGAUAUUCUACAAGCUGCCAGCCAAUUAGGUGCUGCCAACAGAUUAGAUAGAGAGGCACAUGCGGCCCGUCAAGAGGUUCCGGAUGCUAAUAGUGGGCAAGGUUUUUCCCCAAAUAAUCGUUCCUCUUCACAAUCAAGCCAUCACCUUUUGUCUCGCCAAAAUGAAAGUAAUGAAGAAAAUGAUGGGCAAAGGGAUUGAAAGGCAUGUUUGUGUCUCCUGUUUGACAGUUUAAAGACUAAUGAUUUUCUAGUUUGGUAGAUGCAUUUUUUUUUUGGACAAUUUUACAUUGAUACGGGAUUAUUGUGAAGUAUUAGAAGUUUUACAUUGCUUUUCAUUGGAAAUUCGUUUAGAUCUGGUAUUUCUGUUUUGUUUGUUGAUAAUAUGAUCUACAAAUUUGGAGAUUAAGCUUGCUUUGGUGGAUUUUUGAAGAGUUUACAGCUAGAAAUAUAUUUGUGUAUUGGUA